AUGUCGGAUGAAGAGGAGACCCGUGACGAAGAUUGCAGCGAUGUGGACUUCGUUUUUACUGACAAUUCCGUGCCUACAGGAGACUGCGAGUCUGAUGACUGCUUGGGUAUUACAUCUUCAGAGGAAAUCGACGAAGAUCAUUCCACUGGUGAGAAUAGACUUGUGUCUUCACAGCGUGUGAGAGUACCAGUUACUAAAGAUGAUAACUUCUCCUCGGAUUACAAAAUACCUUUAUCACAACUUCAAACGAGAAUUCAAAGCUACUUUGGUAAAAAUCUUUUCAGGUGGUCUUCUGUUCCGAGUGCUAUUCGUACCAGCACUCAGCAAUAUAAUAUAGUGUCACAAGCACCAGGACUAAAACCACAAUAUCGUGAUGUAUUCAAUAAAUCGAUCACACCUCUCGACCUUUGGAGUCUUUUAUUCACGAAUGAGAUGCUCGACAAAAUAGUAUUACACACUAAUCGAACAAUAAGGCAGUUGCAACAAACAUAUAAAAACAAGGAUGCGUUCAAGAUUUAG